AUGUAUCUCAGGACCAAGGUGCACUUGCGCUGGCGCAAGCAGACUAAUUGGCCCCCGGCACCUUCCGUGGAAGAUGAGACGGUAUCCCUCUCCCGUGAACUGCACGGAAUGACCAAUGUUGGCGAGAAGCCCGGGGUAGAGGGUGUCUGCUCCCGCGGCACCAUUGACCAACUUCCAGUGCUUGUGGAUGUGCUAUCCUUCUCCUCGGUUGUUCACACGACGACGAUCUAUGACGACUCGGUCCGUGAGAGCGGCUCUGACGACAACGCAGAACCACUAACGCCGUCGGCGGACAUCGAACACGACCCAAUGCUCUACAUCGUCGAAGACGAUCAAGCUGUGCCUUUGUUACCCCCAUGGGCUUCCUCAGAUAAGACUCGCAAACCCUUGACUUCGCCGGAGCGUUCUCAGCCAGUCCAGAAUACGAGCAAGACCCUCAAUGGCCGCCCUAGCGGAGCCAAAUUCAAUCUCCAAAAGGACAGUCUUCCCAAGAAGUACACGGCACCAAGCUCCCGGAAUGGCUCUGUGGCAUCCAAGAGGCCCAGCACGGAAGCACCCAAACCCACGUCCACAACAUCACCACCUAAGUUGAAGCGAGCGGGCAGCGCAAAGCCUACUCCAUCUGCAGAGCCAGUGACGAGGCCUCCCAUGCCAAAGCCGGGGCAUGUGUCUGAUUCGGCUGCCAUGGGACUCCAAAACUCCUCGGCCAAGCCUCCAUCCUCCCCCACAGACAAAAGUGCUACAGGACCUUCUUUGGCUGAGAGGAUAGAGGAGAAACUGCGCCAGAGGCAAGAGCUUCGCGCAUCCCAGGAGGCUUCACAGAAUAACGACCAGAAGAGUCCGCCACCUGCUGCUGCUGCCCAACCCAUCGCCACCGUUGAGCAAUCUGACAUCAAGCCUGCCGUGACGUGCCCCAAUGGCUGCACUGCGCAACCACCCAUGCAGCCAACCCCUCCCAAGUCUGCAUCAACGACGAAGGAGUCGUCUAGGCCUGUGUCACCCGACGAGGACCCCGAAGAUGUUUUCCAGACUGCAAAGCAGGUCAGUCGGAGAAGUUCCUCGCAGGGUGCGGUGCGCAGGAGUUCACCCAAGCCCCAAUUCUACCUGUCGCCUUGUCCUAGGUCAGUUCCCGUGGCAGGUUACCAGGACUGGCACACGGUCAAGGGGACCCCCCACCUAGACAUCUGUCCUUCCUGCAUGAAACAGAUGCGCAAGUCAAGAUUCCGGGAUUUCUUCGUCCUGGCGAGCCCUCGACCCCGCGACGAGAAGGUCCGCUGUUCCAUGAGUGAACCAUGGACACGCCUGGCAUGGAUGCAGACACUCAAGAAACACUUGGAUCACUUGGAUCUGCUCCUGCAAAUCACUCGGCCACCACCCGGCAGCAAGCCGUGUCCGGGACGCAUCAUCAGUGAUCAACACUGGUACCGCGUUGUGGACCCAGACACCAACAUGUUUCUUCCACAGUUCAAUGUGUGCUCCGCCUGUGUCCGGAACCUGCGAGUCCUCAUGCCUCGACACCGGGAGACUUUCAAACGCAGCGCCACCAAGCAGGAGCGAGCGUGUGACUUUGUGACUGACAGUGCCCGGUUCGUUCGCUAUAUUGACUGCCUAGAUAUGGCAGCCAACCGAGCGGAACUGGAGCAUACCAUGCGCCCGGACGUGAGCGAGUUCCUGUCGUAUGCACGGCGCAAGGUAGUGCUGCGAGACUGCCGGCGGGACCGGCAGGUUCUCAGCACGUGGCACUACAUGCCGCAGCUGCCCGAGCUCACGGUGUGUGAGGAUUGUUACGAUGAUGUGGUGUGGCCGCUGGUCAAAGCCAAGCAGCCGAUUGCGCGCAAGUUCUCGACCACGAUGCGGCUGCUUCCCGGGGAAGGCCCGUCGCGGUGUCGCGAGGCGAGCUGCCAGCUGUACUCGCCGCGCAUGCGAUUGAAGUUUCAGGAGGCGGUGCAGCUGGAUGACCUGACGUACCUGAAGCUGGUGGCGCUGCGCCGUCGGGAGGCCGAGCAGCGGUACCGCGAGCGCCAAGCGGAGCUGCUGGAGGAUGCCAGUCGGGGGUAUGAUGUGGAGGGGGAGAUGCGAAAGAACGUGGAAGAGUGGAAGCGAUGGGAAUAG